UCCUCUUUUUAAUAUAAACAUUAAUUUGUCGUCUAAGUAUAUCGUUGUAAAUAAAUCAUUUUUACUGCAAGGACAACUACACUAACAAUUAGCUAGUUAUUUAUCAUAUCAGACAAAAAUUACAAAUGAUUUACCUUACAGCUGUUGAUCCUCUAAUUUUCUAUCAUUUGAAACAUCGUUAGCAUAACGUACAAAAUAUAAACUUUAUCGUCAAUCUCCUCAUUAAUACGUCGCUUUAUAAUAUUAGGUAAUUGUAUGUUACACUAAUAGAGCCACUCUAAGUUAUAAAAAACGAUGUAACAUUCACAAUAAAUCUAUUUCAAGAUAAAACGUACCACCAAUAAGUUAGAAUGAAGUUAUUUUUCAUAGCUGUUCUGCAAUUGCUCGUUUCCUUGCGAUGGAUUCAAUGCCAGGUACGUUUUCAUGUAUUACAAAUAUCACAAAAAAAUCUGCAUGGCGUGUAAGACUAAAAUUAUUCAAAACAUUUUUAAUAAAUGCUUGCAAUUACUUUAAGGUGCAUCAGGUGGCAACAACAGGCUCUGGAAUACCGGUUAGAGACAAAACUGCCACUCUUACAGCAGGAUAUAGAGGACCCGUUCUUAUAGAAGACGCAGAACUGCUAGAGGACCUUUCCCAUUUCAAUCGCGAACGUAUUCCAGAAAGGGUGGUCCAUGCGAAAGGUUUUGGAGCAAAAGGUUUCUUCGAGGUAACAAACGAUAUAACGAAGUACAGUGCCGCCAAGGUAUUUUCUUCAGUUGGAAAGAAAACUCCAGUUGCUGUUCGCUUUUCUAUGUCAGCCGGUGACAAAGGUGGUGCAGACACAGAUAUCGAUCCCAGAGGAUUUGCAAUAAAAUUUUAUACUGAAGAUGGAACAUGGGACGUGCUAGGAAUAAAUCUCCCCGUGUUUGCGUCAGACGAACCAAAAUUAUUCACUAGUUUAGUUCAUGCAGCCAAAAGAGACCCUGUUACUAAUCUAUUAAAUACAACCGCAUUUUGGGACAUUAUCACUCUUGCACCGGAAUCCACACUUUCUGCAUUGUGGUUGUUUUCACCAGCUACUCUCCCUUGCACAAUGAGGGGUGUGAAUGCAUUUGCUGUCAACACCUUUAAGUUGGUAAACGAAAAUGGAGAAUACGUUUACUGUAAGUUCAAUAUCAUUUCGAACGAAGAAGCUAAAUAUUUAACCCUUAAACAAGCAGAAAUGUUAAAAUCCUCUGAUCCGGAUUAUUACCAAAGAGAUAUGUUUGAUUCUAUAGCAAAGGGCAAUUUCCCUUCGUGGACCUUGAAAAUUCAAGUCAUGACACAACUGCAAGCUGAGUUAUCGCCAAUCAAUCCGUUUGAUAGUUCGAAACUAUGGCCUGAACACGAGUAUCCAAUGAUUGAAGUCGGUAGAAUAGUUCUAAACGAAAACCCAUCAAAUUAUUUUGCAGAAGUAGAACAAAUAGGUUUCUCACCAGCAAAUUUGGUUCCCGGUAUUCAACCUUCCGUUGACAAAAUAUUACACGCUAGGUUAUUUGCAUACAUGGACGCUCAAAGGUACAGGAUUGGUAAUAACUUCCAACAACUUCCCAUUAAUCGACCGAUAAACCCAGUUCGGAAUUAUCAACGAGAUGGCCACAUGGCAUUCGUAAACCAAGGAGGUGCUCCCAAUUAUUAUCCAAAUAGUUUCGGAGGACCAGAACCAUCGACCUGGGCUAAGAACCUAUCUGCUCCCUACUAUGUAUCAGGGUACGCUUAUCAAUAUCAUGAAAGGGAUCCGGAUUACUUUUCACAACCGAGAGAUUUCUACGUAAAUAAACUUGAUGAUGAAGGUCGAAAAUUUGUAAUUAGUGCCAUAGCCCAAUCUCUAAGCCAAACUAUGGAAUUAGUUCAAUUUCGUGUAAUUAAUAUGUUUGCACAAGUAAACGAAGAUCUUGCUCGUGGUAUCGCAGAAAAAUUACUUAUUAUUCCACCGAUACCAAAUCCUUCAAGUCUCUGCGGUCUAUGAAUUGAUAUUUUGAAAAUUCCAUUUGCCAAAUCAUGUCUAAUUAUUAAUUUUAAUUUAAUCCCUUUUAUAAAACCCUCAGUUUAUGAACUGCAUGUUGUAAACAAAGCAACGAUGUUUUUAAUAUAAAAAUAAAUAAUGAGAGAUUUGAAUUCCUUUUUUA